UUCAUUCACUCGUAGCAGUUGGUUUUUGGGUGUGUCUCGCGCAUAGAAAUGAUCUUCAAAGCUGUUGUGUUGCUGCUGUGCUGUGUGGCCGGAUUGCUCCGUGGCGAGCAAGUCCGGUACGAUAACUACCGUGUGUAUGAAGUAGCGAUCGCUGACCAAACGCAACUGGAAGCUCUUCAAUAUCUCGAAAGCUUCCCGGAUGGUUUCCUCUUCUGGGAAUCUCCAGUGCAGACGAACAUGAAGAUUAACUUGGUUGUGCCACCGCACAAGUACGCCCAGUUUGACGAACUUGCCAGCCAGCUAGCCCUAGAAAAUCGUCUGCGGGUUCCGAAUCUCCAGCAGCUCAUCGAUGACGAGAGUCCGAAACGUUCGCGACGUGCGUUCGGGUGGGAAGAAUACCAAACGCUCGAAGAGAUUUACGACUGGCUCGAUGAGAAGGUGGCCGAGUUUCCAUCGAUCGUGUCGGUCGAGACGGUUGGCCAGUCGUACGAGGAUCGUGACAUAAAGGCGGUUAAGAUUUCUUACAAGGAAGGUAAUCCGGGUAUCUUCAUCGAGUCUAACAUUCAUGCCCGUGAGUGGAUCACUUCGGCUACCGUAACAUGGCUGAUCAACGAGUUCCUAACCUCGACGGCGCCGGAAGUACGCGAUUUGGCCGAAAACUACGACUGGUACAUUCUGCCGGUGGUGAAUCCGGACGGCUUCAACUACACCAAGACAACGAACCGAUUGUGGCGUAAGAACCGUUACCCGCACAAUGUGCUUUGCUACGGUGUGGACAUGAACCGUAACUUCCCUGGUCAUUGGAUGGAGGGCGGUGCAUCGGCUGUUCCCUGCACCGAUACGUUCGCUGGACCGGAACCAGGUUCCGAAAUCGAAACCCAGCACAUCAUGAAUUACUUUGUGAGCGUGAAGGAUAAGGUCCAGGCCUAUCUGUCAUUCCAUUCGUACGGUCAGUACAUUCUCUUCCCGUACGGUCACCGGGAUGCGGAAUACUCGGAAAAUUACUACGACAUGAUGGAGAUGGGUGAGGCGGCCGCCAUCGCCAUUUACCAGCGGUUCGGUACGCCUUACGAGUUCGGUACUACGGCUGAUGUAUUGUACAUUGCCUCGGGAUCUUCGCCAGAUUGGGCCCACGGUACGCACGGUACACCUGUCGCUGCUACCUUCGAGUUCCGCGAUAAUGGCGUCUAUGGAUUCAUUCUGCCCCCGGAACAGAUCAUUCCGAACGCGAUGGAGGUGUUGGACGGGUUGGUCGCAUUCGUCCGCAAGGGCAAGGAGCUUGGUCACAUUAAUGUGUAAUGGGGGAUUGUUACACUGUAAUCGAUUUACCUAGAUUAGAUUAGGAGCAUAAGUGCGAACAGUGUUUGCAAUUGAUAAAUCAUAAUAAUAAACAUUCAACUCAGUGAUAAU